AUGAAUGUAUCACCGCUUGUUAUAUUUGCUCAACAACAACCGCUGCGUAAAACAAGUCAGGGUCAGCCGAACAUUGUUGGUAAGACGCGGAGACCAAGAACAGCAUUUACAAGCCAACAGCUUUUAGAACUUGAACGACAGUUCAAACUCAACAAAUACCUUUCCAGACCAAAACGUUUUGAAGUCGCCACGUCAUUAAUGCUGACGGAAACACAGGUGAAAAUUUGGUUUCAAAAUCGUCGGAUGAAAUGGAAACGAAGCAAAAAAGCAGCCCUUGAAGCGAAAGCUAAAGCAAUAGCUGAUAAAAACGAUGCUAAAAACGAGAGCAGAUGUGACUCUAAUGGCGGCAAUGCUGACGGAUCAGACGAUCAAGAUGGAAAAGACAGUAUGAUCCCGUUAGUUGUCGAUGACAUUGGACCAGACGACUCGUUGCAACCAGUUGAUGCCAGAAUCAAGAAAAUGGAAUGUGAAUCAAAUGACUCGAAUUUUAAUCGGUUACCCUUGCAUCCACCCCCUGUCGUUUGCAUCAACAGUCCGAAAUCGACAGAAUCAGAUACAUUGAAGACUCCAGCGGCAAGCGUUGCUCAAGUAAUACCCACUGUCCAGUGUAACAUUGUGCAACCAACGAGAGGAUAAUUAUAAUGAUAUUGUUGCUUUACUGUGUUGGAACACAGAAGAAUAAAUAAAUAAAUAAAUAAAUAAAUAUAUGAAAUUACAAAUAAAAGAAAAAGCAAAACAAAAUUAAACAUUUUCAUGAAAAGCUAUAGAAAAAGUAAAAUGCAAAAGAAAUGUUUAAACAUUCCUAUCUCCAGCGAACUGUUUGCCUAAAAUGAACACUUUUGCAAGCACAGAGAAAGCAACAAGUCUUACAUUCAUGUGUGUGAACACAUACAUACAGACAUGUGUGUGUGUGUAUGUGUGUGUGUGCGAAUGUGUGUGUGUGUGUGUGUGUGCGCGGCGCGCGUGUGUGUGUGUGUGUGUGUGUGUGUGCAAGAGAAAGAAAAAACAAGAGAGAGAGACACAGACUUUAGACAAGAAAUGAUGAUAGGUCUGAUUGAAUUUGCGACUAGAAGAAAGAAUUGAAUAAAG